UGUCACGCCGCAAUUGCAGUCUUCUAUAGGUCAAACUACAGCAGCAGACAUGAUCCGAUCGUUGAGUUUACUGAAAUAUUCUCUAAAUGUCUCUCAGCGGGCUCAGCUCAGGCUGCUCUCAUCCAGCAGAGGGACCGGACACAGGAUAGUGCCCGCCGUAUUCUCUGGAGUGGACACUAAUGGCAGACAGCAGGCGCAUCAGCCCAGACCCAUCAGACUCUGGAGCUCCAGCUGUUCUGGGGUCAGUGUUCAUCAUCGCAGCUACAGCACACAGCAGCACACAGAGCCUGCAGAGGAGGAGACGCUCCACAACAUCAUCACCGACACUGAGAACGUUCAAGGAUCCUUCUCAAAACACGAGUUUCAAGCAGAGACGAAGAAACUGCUGGAUAUUGUGGCCAGAUCGCUGUAUUCUGAGAAAGAGGUGUUCAUCAGAGAGCUGAUCUCCAAUGGCAGUGAUGCUCUGGAGAAACUGCGGCACAGGAUGAUCACGGCUGGAGGAGACGCAGUACCAAUGGAGAUCCACCUGCAGACGGACAGCGCUAAAGGCACCUUCACUAUACAGGACACCGGUGUUGGGAUGAACAAAGAGGAUCUGGUUUCUAACCUGGGCACAAUUGCUCGAUCUGGAUCAAAGGCUUUUCUGGACGCUCUGCAGAAUCAAGCGGAGGCCAGCAGCUCCAUCAUUGGUCAGUUUGGUGUGGGCUUUUACUCCGCCUUUAUGGUGGCCGAUAAGGUGGAGGUUUAUUCUCAGUCAGCUGAAGCAGAUGCUCCUGGCUACAAGUGGUCCUCAGAUGGCUCUGGAGUGUUUGAGGUGGCUGAAGCUUCAGGUGUUCGUCAGGGAACCAAGAUCGUGCUCCACCUUAAAGACGACUGCAAAGAGUUUUCAUCAGAGGACAGAGUUAAAGAGGUGGUGACCAAGUACAGCAACUUUGUGAGUUUCCCCAUCUUCCUGAACGGACGGAGACUCAACACCCUGCAGGCGCUCUGGAUGAUGGAGCCCAAAGACAUCAGCGAGUGGCAGCACGAGGAGUUUUAUCGCUAUGUGGCUCAAGCCUACGAUAAACCACGAUACACACUCCACUACCGCGCAGACGCUCCGCUUAACAUCCGCAGCAUCUUCUAUGUGCCAGAAAUGAAACCGUCCAUGUUCGAUGUGAGUCGUGAGAUGGGCUCCAGUGUGGCUCUGUACAGCAGAAAAAUCCUGAUCCAAACCAAAGCCACAGACAUCCUUCCCAAGUGGCUGCGCUUCCUACGAGGUGUUGUGGACAGUGAAGAUAUUCCUCUAAACCUCAGCAGAGAGCUCCUACAGGAAAGUGCCCUGAUCAGGAAACUGCGGGAUGUUUUACAGCAGCGUGUCAUUCGGUUCCUGUUGGACCAGAGUAAGAAGGACCCGGAGAAAUACGCUCGCUUCUUCGAGGACUACGGGCUGUUCAUGCGCGAAGGCAUCGUGACCACAGCCGAGCAGAGCGUCAAGGAAGACAUUGCUAAACUGCUGCGCUUCGAGUCGUCGGCUCUACCUGCGGGACAGCAGACCAGCCUGAUGGAGUAUUCCUCCCGCAUGAAGGCAGGAACCAGGAACAUUUAUUACCUGUGUGCGCCGAAUCGACACCUGGCUGAACACUCGCCGUACUUUGAGGCCAUGAAACAGAAAGAUAUGGAGGUCUUGUUCUGCUUCGAGCAGUUUGACGAGCUCACGCUUCUUCACCUUAGAGAGUUCGACAGGAAGAAGCUGAUCUCCGCUGAGACGGACAUUGUUGUAGAUCACUAUAAAGAGGAGAAAUUCCAGGACAGCAAACCAGCAUCUGAGAGGUUGAGCAGUGAACAGGCUGAAGAUCUGCUGGCCUGGAUGAGGAACGUACUCGCUCAGAGAGUCACCAACAUCAAGGUGACCCCUCGUCUGGACACUCACCCGGCCAUGAUCACGGUGCUGGAGAUGGGAGCCGCUCGACACUUUCUGCGCACACAGCAGCUGGCCCGCAGCUCGGAGGAGAGAGCCCAGAUCCUGCAGCCCACGCUGGAGAUCAACGCUGGGCAUGAUCUGAUCAAGAAACUUCACUCGCUGAAGGACUCAAACCCUGAGCUGGCACAGCUUCUGCUCGAACAGAUUUACGACAACGCCAUGAUCGCCGCCGGCCUGAACGAAGACCCUCGUCCGAUGAUCUCUCGGCUGAAUCAGCUGUUGACUCGAGCGCUGGAGAAACACUGAGUUCGGCCUUCAGACAGACUUGUUUUGCCAUUAUUAGGGACAUGCACUGAUGCACAGGACGUCUUUUUUGUGUCCUGGAGGUCAUCAUCACACACCCAACACAAGCAGACGCUGUUUAUAUGAAGACUCGUGCUGGUGACGUUCUGCAGUGGUGUUUUACAGCUCAAAAGACUGAGAUUUGUGUGUCCAGCCAAUGAGGGAAAAUAAUAAAUAUCUUUAAAACAGCAGACUGUGACUUCCAGAGCUGCACUGUUGAACUGAUCUGGAAAUAUACAACAUAAAUUGCAAUAAGAGGAAGAUUUCAGUGAAAUGGUGUCUGUUAAAUAUUAUUUUGGGAACACUUUACAAUACAAGACAUGUAGUUAAUGUAU